ACCCUCGAUAAUUAUUUGCCCGGCCGACUUUCUAACUUGCCUUUCUCUUUCGUGUCUGGCCAUGAAUCCUGCCAUGCUUGCCCGCUCGACGGCCUUACGAGGGCUUGCCUUACGCUCAACGAGGACGUUUGCUUCAAAAGCCCCGCCAAGACCAAAAGCACCUUCCGCCAGCGAGGCAAGACCUGCAUCGAGUUCGGCGUCGGAACCGCCACCUCCUCCUCCCCUAGCACCGAAACCAGUAUCGACAGGUCCCUCAUCAUCGCUGCCUAGCUUGGAUUUUGCACCUGUGGAGGAAAGUGAAAGAAAAGAACGCACAGGAGCGCGAUCGUCAAAAGACUCCCUCUCGAGUAUCGAGCGAAGGCGGAGGUUCUUGGGUAGGAUCUCAUUUGCGGUCCUAUUGGUCGGUGCUGGCAUUCAGACAUGGUAUCUGGGACGAGAAUGGGAUGAAGGAGAGUUGAAGGAGCUCCGGAUAAAACCGGAAGAAGCACCUAACACUAGAUGGGGUCGAACCAAAACCCGCUUUGGCAGUAUAUUCAAUUACUUCACAGAGCCAAUAUGGCCGGAAUUGCUGCCCCCGCCACUCCCGGCUCCCAUGCAGAAACCAUACACCUUGCUUGUUUCCGUCGAUGACCUGCUUGUUACCUCGACAUGGGAUCGGCAUCAUGGUUGGCGGACGGCAAAAAGACCAGGGGUGGAUUAUUUCUUAGGAUAUUUAUCGCAAUUUUACGAGAUCGUUGUUUUCACGACUCAGUAUCAUUAUACUGCAAUGCCCAUUAUUGACAAGCUCGAUCCUUAUCAAUUCUUCAUUACAUAUAGACUAUUCAGGGACGCUACUCGCUCCGUUAAAGGUCAACCUGUGAAGGACCUCACUUAUCUCAACCGUGACCUCUCAAAAGUGAUCAUUCUUGAUACACAUUCUGAGCACGUCUCCACUCAACCUGAGAAUGCCGUCAUCCUGCCGAAAUGGGCUGGCGACCCAAAGGAUAAGGGCCUCGUUGCCAUGAUUCCAUUCCUCGAAUCUAUUCCAAUCUACAAGGCGCCCGAUGUCCGACCCAUCUUACAAGCUUACAGCGGCAAGGAUAUUCCUCUGGAAUAUGCUAAGAAGGAGUUGGAGGCUAAGCAGAAGCAUAUCGAAGAGUGGCAACAAAGUCACAAGCGCAGUGCCGGCACCUUCACGUUAAGCAGCUUGUUCGGUGGCACUCCUUCACCAGCACCGACCUCCCCGGUUCCUCUCACCUACCUUGAACAGAAGCGACAGGAGGCACAGAUACAAUAUCGCGAGGAGCAAGCGUACAUUGCCGCUAACAAGGAAAAUUUUGAUAGAUUGAUCAAGGAAGAGCAGGACGCUAUGGCUCAACAGAUGCCAGGAACGUUCUGGGGUGCUGCUGCUGCCAUCAUGGGAGGCGGUCCUCCUCCGCCCGCUCAAGGUCCUCAGGAGCAGGGUCAGCAACAGGCUCAGGGUCCAGCUCCAGGGGAGGUUCAGGUGCAUGGUGCCCAACCGAAGGCUUAACUUACGAUAGAUGUCGUCGAUGCUUCAGCUUAAGACAUGAGAGCAUUGACUGUCGGACCACGUAUAUCUCGUAAUAAUCUAUCUAAUCAUCACCCCCUUCUCACCGACUCAUGCAUGUGCCAAAAGUAAGAUGUGGUGAAUGUUUGUUAGCUUUGAACUCGAGGUUGUCGCGUUUUCAAUCAUACUCGGUACGUUGGGACCCUCCCGACACUACGGUGCCGAGGUGCUUCACCAAACGGUGUUUCCAAGCAACUGGCCUAUCUGCCCCGCGAAGAUGGUGUGGGCUGCGCCUAGUGGUCAACAUGUCAGUUUCUUUCGCCUCAUUGCACGAUAAAUGGGAGGAUACGUACUGGAAGGGUGAUAGUUAUUACUAAAACCGUAUCCGCGUGAGUUAGCAAGUCGCGAACAAUAGAUUGAGGUAAGAACAGUGCCCACCCCCAGAAGUCACCGGUGUUUCCGUACGAAGUAGCAUCGACGAAGCCAUUUGCUGUAGGAUUGUUCAGGAUAGCCGUAAACGCUACAUUUGAGUCCCACAACCAAGUUUGUACCUG